AUGGCUAAAGCCUGCAUCCUGAUUGCCGACGGGACUGAGGAGAUGGAAUUCACCAUCACCUACGACACUCUGGUCCGUGCAGGCGUAUCAUGCGCAUCUGCGUACGUCCCUUCUGGAGCCGACAACGAUGCCAGCUUCACUAGCCCGCCCUUCGCCCGGGGCUCACGAGGCAUCAACAUCUUGCCCGAUAUGUUCUUCUCGCCGCAGGACUGCACUCCGGAUAAAUUCGACCUGUUAGUCAUCCCCGGCGGUGCGAAAGGUGCGGAGACGAUCUCGACCAGCUCACCUGUGCAGCACCUGGUCCGCCGGUUCUUGGACGAGGGAAAAUUUGUGGGCAUGAUCUGUGCCGGAAGUCUUGCUGCGAAGACAUCUGGCCUCGCUAAGCAGCCUAUCACAUCCCACCCCAGCGUGAAGUCAGAGCUCGAGAAAAAUUUCGAUUAUCGCGAGGACCCUGUCGUCGUGUCAGGAAAGCUCGUAACCAGUCGGGGACCGGGCACGACCUUUCCCUUUGCGCUGACACUAGUUGAGCUCCUCUGUGGCGCGGAAAAACGCAAGGACGUCGCAGGGCCGAUGGUGUUCCCUCCCAACACAUUUGCUUGA